AUGGGCAAUAAAGUAGAAAAUGUUGGCAUCCUGGCCAUGGAAUUAUAUGUUCCUUCACAAUAUGUUGAUCAAGUUGAACUCGAAAAAUUCGAUGAAGUGGCCGCUGGAAAAUAUACCAUAGGGUUGGGACAAAGUAAAAUGGGAUUUUGUUCUGAUCGAGAGGAUAUCAAUUCUUUGUGUCUCACCGCUUUGCAUAACCUUAUUCAGAAAAAUAAUAUAAACCUUCAUGAUAUUGGAAGACUGGAAGUUGGGACAGAGACUAUUAUUGAUAAAAGCAAGAGUGUAAAAACUUUUCUCAUGACAUUAUUUGCAAAAGAAGGCGCAACAGAUAUAGAAGGUAUUGACACUACAAAUGCAUGUUAUGGUGGAACUGCUGCGCUCUUCAAUGCUAUAAACUGGGUAGAAUCUUCUUCAUGGGAUGGCAGAAAAGCUAUAGUGGUUGCAGGUGAUAUUGCAGUGUAUGGAAAGGGUCCUGCUAGGCCCACUGGGGGUGCAGGUGCAGUAGCUAUGCUAAUAGGGCCAGAUGCACCAUUGGUUUUUGAUUGUGGAGUCCGUGCUUCUUACAUGACUCAUGCAUAUGAUUUUUACAAACCAGAUUUAGCAUCUGAAUUUCCUUAUGUUGAUGGAAAAUUAUCAAUUCAUUGCUAUCUCAGUGCUUUGGAUAAUUGUUAUAAUUUAUUCUGCAAGAAAAUGAGAAAUAAAGACCCCACUUUUAAGGGCUUAUUAAGCUUAGAUGGUAUGUUAUUCCAUUCUCCAUAUUGCAAAUUAGUUCAAAAGUCAUUGGCUCGAGUGUGUUUCAAUGACUUUUUAAAUGCAGAAGAAAGUGAGAGAGAAAAGCAAUUCCCUGGACUGUCACAGUUUAGUACUUACCAAAGAGAAAAUACUUAUUUUGAUAGAGACGUAGAGAAAGCAUUUAUGACAUACAGCAAGGAUCUUUUUGAAGAGAAAACAAAACCAUCACUUUAUAUAGCUCGCAAUGUAGGAAAUAUGUACACAUCGUCCUUAUAUGGUGGACUCGUAUCAUACUUAGUAAGUAAAUCUGCAGACCAGCUGAUUGGUAAAAAAUUUGCCUUAUUCUCAUAUGGUUCUGGCUUAGCUUCAACAAUGUACUCUAUUAAUAUCUGCAAUGACAUGAGUGCUGGCUCUAAACUAGAAAAACUAAUUAACUCAUUACAUGAAAGUGUAGAAAUGUUAAACAGAAGGAUAAGUGUGGAGCCUCAGACUUUCUCUGAUUUAAUGCAAGUUCGAACCGAAAACUACCAUACAGCUCCUUACGAGCCAUCAGGCUCAAUAGAUGUUUUAUUCCCCGGUACAUACUACCUCAACAAAAUAGAUGACCAAAGAAGACGCACAUAUGAUAGAAAACAA